UGGCUUAGAAUUGUUGCCGGCUUUGUGUCCACUUAAACCUACAGCCUUCCCCUCACCCCACGGGAGCAAGCGUAGCUGGCACACCUUCCACCGAGUAACAACCACCGCCACGUUGGCCACCGCCGCCGCCGUUAUCACCACUCAACCCAAGCAACAAAAACCACAUUCCUUCACUCACAAAAACCUAUCCUCAUUUCCACUAUGUCCACAGCAUCUCCAUCUCCCUCUCCUUCACCUUCAUCAGAGCCACCAUCACAGUCACCACCCCCAAACUCCAGAUCCCUCUCCACCAAGAAAUCGCAUCCAGUCCCCUGGACCCACCAAGAAACAGUCCACCUAAUCCAAUCUUAUCAGGAAAAGUGGUACUCUUUAAAACAAGGGCAGCUUAAGGCCAGCCAGUGGGAAGAGGUGGCUGUAACCGUCGCCGCUCGCUGUGGCUGUGACCACAACCACCCAGCCAAAACCGUCAUUCAGUGCCGCCACAAGAUGGAGAAGCUACGGAAACGCUUCCGCGAGGAGAGACGGCGUAUUUCCCUCACCGGCGUGUGUUCCUGGCAGUACUUUGACCUCAUGGAAUCGUUGGAACGGGGUCCAGUGCCUAUCUCUGCACGCACCUUGGCUCUUGUACGUCCUAAUGAUACUGUUAAUGAAGAUGAAGACAAUGAGGAUGAAGCGGAGGUGGAACAAGGCCAGGACGAAGAAGAGGAUGAUUAUGGGCAUAGAAGUAAGUCGCGAAGUAUUAAUUGUAUACUGCGAAAGCCCACCAUUGUCAAUCGGUUUGCAGGGAGUGAUUCUGGGUAUUUGCGAGAGGCCAUGAAUCAGAGGAAGAGAGAGGAAAUGGUAGAGGAGAAUGAUGAUGAAGAAGAAGGAGAGAGAAGGGAAGGGGUGGAAUUGGGAUUGGCAGAGGAAAUAAGGGUGUUUGCUGAGAGAAUAGUAGGGAUGGAGAGUAAAAAGAUGAAGAUGACGAAGGAGACUGAGAAGUGGAGAAUGGAGAUGGAGAAUAAGCGGAUGGAGAUGAUUUUAGAUUCACAGAGGAAGAUUGUUUCUAUGAUUUCAGCAGCUUUUGGUUCACAACACGACUUGGAGAUGGAUCAAGAAUUUUGAAGGUCUAGGGAUACAAGUUGUGCAUUCUAAAGGCAAGGAGUUAAGAUUUUGUGCAGAUAUGGCAAGCAGCUUUAAUUUCUGCUUCAGAGGCUUUUGGUUGAAAUUUACUGAUACAGGAAGCUGAUUGAAAAAGAUUAGAAGCUCUUAAAUUUUUUGAGCAUGAUGUGUUGGUUGCCACUUGGAUGAAAUUGAUUUGAAUACAUCAAUCAAAUGCAACUGGUGCUGUCUUGUUCUUCUGUGCCAGAAUGCACAUGUGCACAAAAAUGAUUUCAGUGAAAUUUAAUGGUAAUCCUCUACUUACAUA